AUGGGAGUGUUGGCUCGAGAAAUGGCUGAGGCCCUUAGGGAAUCAAUGGAUAUUCUUAGAGAAAAAAAAGCCGCUAGAACAAUUGAAGGGGAGCCUAGAGUUUUAUUCCUGAAAAAGGAAUUUUUCCACUCGAAUCCUGUCGAGUUUCUUGGGGGUGCUAAACCGUUAAAGGCGGACGAACGGCUUAAGCAAAUUACUAAAUCUUUUGAGAUUUUAGAUAUUCGAGACGGUGAACUUCGGGUGGCGCUUGCCAGUUAUCAAUUAAAGGGGGAUAUCAGCCAAUGGUGGAAAUAUGGCAAGGGUCAAAUUGAGCAUACUUGGGAGGUGUUUACUUAUGCCUUUCAAAAGAAGUACCUCCCUCCCACUGUAAGGGAAUGUUUGCGGAGAGAGUUUGAAGAACUUGAACAAUCCGAUUCCACAGUGGUGGAGUUUGAGGCUACUUUUACAAGCCUAUCUCGUUUCGCACCCGACCUGGUAGCUACUGAGGAGCGUAGGUGUCUAGAAUUUGAGAAGAGACUGAGGCUGGGAAUUUUGAUAAAAGUGAUGGGAAACAUGAUCCAGGAUUACGAUAGGUUGGUAGAGUCUGUGGCACAUGUAGAGAUUAUGCUUGAAGGAGAGGAAACGAAGCGACGACUCAAGAGACAAGGGUUUACAUAA